AUGACAAUAUUCUUGUUCCUCGCCAAGAUAGUCUCGGACGCGUUCUACUCAGCGCACGCCGACUUAAGGCCAUCCGGAGACGAAUCAGUGCCAUUAGUGCUUUCGCGAUCUAACAAGAAAGUCGACAAACAGCCAAAGAGCUUUUUCAUCCAGAUCACUUCGCAAUCGUCCGUCAGCUCCUCAGCCAUCAUGAUCACUACCCGCGAGGUCGACCCGUGCGAGUCCAAGAUGCUUCAGGCCAAGAUGAUCCAGAGUGUAUCAAUCGUCCGCGAUACUAGCAAUUGCGACAGCAGCGAAAUCGACAAGAUGAGCAGAAAGGAGCUGGUUCGGCGUGGGGCUGUUGGUCGUCGAUCUGCCGUUGUGGCACUUCCAUCCGACGUCGUCGCCGCCCUUGCAGAGUUGUCAGAGCUCAAGUGGUGA